GUGAAAUGGCGCAGAAAGGAGUUCAGCUGGACCAGGAAUCCAUCUCUUGUUCCGUCUGUCUGGAUCUACUGAAGGAUCCGGUGACUAUUCCCUGUGGACACAGCUACUGCAUCAGCUGUAUUAAAAGCUUCUGGAAUAGAAACGAUGAGAAGAAAAUCUACAGCUGUCCUCAGUGUAGGCAGACUUUCAGACCAAGGCCUGUCCUGGUGAAAAACACCAUGUUAGCUUUUUUAGUGGAGGAGCUGAAGAAGACUGGACUCCAAGCUGCUCCUGCUGAUCACUGCUAUGCUGGACCUGAAGAUGUGGCCUGUGAUUUCUGCACUGGGAGAAAACUGAAAGCUGUCAAGUCUUGUCUGAUGUGUCUGGCCUCUUACUGUGAGAAACACCUGCAGCCUCACUAUGAAGCAGCUCCAUUAAAGAAACACAAGCUGGUGGAGCCCUCCAAGAAGCUCCAGGAGAACAUCUGCUCUCGUCAUGAUGAGGUGAUGAAGAUGUUCUGCCGCACUGAUCAGCAGUGUAUCUGUUAUCUCUGCUCUGUGGAUGAACAUAAAGGCCACGACACAGUCUCAGCUGCAGCAGAAAGGACUGAGAGGCAGAGAGAGCUCCAGCUGAGUCGACAACAAAUCCAGCAGAGAAUCCAGGACAGAGACAAAGAUGUGAAGGUGCUUCAACAGGAGGUGGAGGCCAUCAAUGGCUCUGCUGAUAAAGCAGUGGAGGACAGUGAGAAGAUCUUCACUGAGCUGAUCCGUCUCAUGGAGAAAAGAAGCUCUGAUGUGAAGCAGCAGAUCAGAUCCCAGCAGAAAACUGAAGUGAGUCGAGUCAAAGAGCUUCAGGAGAAGCUGGAGCAGGAGAUCACUGAGCUGAAGAGGAAAGACGCUGAGCUGAUGCAGCUCUCACACACAGAGGAUCACACCCAGUUUCUACACAACUACCCCUCACUGUCACCACUCAGUGAAUCUACAGACUCAUCCAGCAUCAAUAUCCGUCCUCUGAGCUACUUUGAGGGUGUGACAGCAGCUGUGUCACAGCUCAGAGAUAAACUACAGGACAUUCUGAGAGACACAUGGACAAACAUCUCACUGACAGUGACUGAAGUGGAUGUUUUACUGUCACAACCAGAGCCCAGGACCAGAGCUGACUUCUUAAAAUAUUCACAGGAAAUCACACUGGAUCCAAACACAGCAAAUACAUAUCUGUUAUUAUCUGAGGGAAACAGAAAAGCAACUUUAAUGAGUCAACAACAGUCUUAUUCUAGUCACCCAGACAGAUUUGCUGAUUAUUGUCAGGUCCUGAGUAGAGAGAGUCUGUCUCGACGUUGUUACUGGGAGGUGGAGUGGAGAGGAGGAGGAGUUAAUGUUGCAGUCACAUACAAGAAUAUCAGCAGAGCAGGGAGCUGGGAUGAAUGUGUAUUUGGAUUCAAUGACAAAUCUUUGGUGUUACAUUGUUACAAAAAUUGUUAUGAGUUUUGGAACAACAAUGUCGAAACUCCAGUCUCAGGUCCUCGGUCCUCCAGAGUAGGAGUGUACCUGGAUCACAGAGCAGGAGUUCUGUCCUUCUACAGCGUCUCUGAAACCAUGACUCUCCUCCACAGAGUCCAGACCACAUUCACUCAGCCUCUCUAUGCUGGACUUUGGCUUCAUUAUUGUGAAAAUCCAUCAGGUAUUUUUUGUAGUACCACUGCUGAGCUCUGUGAUCUCAAGUAAACAUGGAGGAGAUAUUUAAGUAAAACUGUGUCUGGGGGAUGAAGUUAGAUUUUCUGGUGUCACAUCACACUUUCUUCUAGAUGUAAUGACUUGUAUAUUUGUGUUGCUGCUUUUAUAUAUUCAAAUAGUUUUUUGCCAUCUAAACCUUCUGCAUUUAUCGUCUUGGGAAAUAUAGAAUGUAUUCUAAAUCAGUGUUUUGUUUUGUGAACACAGGGUGGAUGGGUCCGUUAUGAUUUGUCCUUUAUUAGAUGGAAUUUAUUUCAUUUAACUCUUUAAGAGAAGGAGGGUGUAGGGGCUGGAUUGGAAUUGGGCCAGAGAAGUAAAUACACUAGGGAUGCAGGUAAAACACAUCAGGGUGGGGGGAGACAAUCACAAGGGCGGGAGAAGCAGACAAAGAGAGGGAGUAAAACAACCAACUGACACACAAGGUAAAUUAUAUCAAAAUAAAACACGAUGUGAUUCCAAAUUAAAACAGAAUGUAAUAUCAAAAUAAAACAGGAUAUAAUAAAUAAAAGACCAAACAAAGAAUCAGUAAAAGGGGCACAGCACAACAGAUAAUAUAACAAUCUGACACCUAAUGAUCACGUUUACUGCUGAUAUUUAAAGUACAUUUUGCAGAUAAUACUUACUUAUUUCAUCUUAUGUAAAACAUCUAUUACAAAACUUUACAUUUCACAUUGAGGUGCUGCUACAUUUACUAAAAAAAGAAAAACAUCAAUACCUCUGUAACACUGUUUAUCUGCCACAAGGGGUCAUUCUAAUGAAAGGUUUUUGGGUUACAUUUUCAAAUUCACACUACCAGUCAAACAAUAGGCAACACAUUUAAAACGGACACGAUACCUCUGCUCUUUAGCAAAACCCUGCAUUUGGCGUUUAAGAAGGGACUGUUGUUUGCUCGGUGUGUUUCAUUAGUCCUGACGUGAGCAGCUCAAGGAAAAGAGAGUGUCACUGUUCAUAUAUAUUUCAACCACCUAAACACACUAACAAGUAUCUUUACUUUAAGUUUAUAUACCCUAUUGAAGUAGCAUGAAACAAAGACACAAAAACAUUUGCAAUUUAGCGUUCAUGUUAGAUUUGACUCACUUAGUGAGUGCAAAGUUGAUUGAAUUGAUUUCCUCCUAAUUUGGUAGGAAAGUAUUUAGUUAAGUGAAAGUCAUUACUAUGAUAUUUUGCUUAUUUUGCUGACAGAAACACUGACCAUGAGUAUUUUUCUGAGCUUUGAUGCACAUUUGCAAAACUACGAAGCAGAUUUUCUCUCAAAGAAUAAAAAAAAGUGAUCAGUUUUUUAGAA